CGCUGUGGAGGAAGAAGAAGGCCGCCAUCUUCGUGAGGUCGAAACGCUUAACGAUGCCCAGACAUUGUUCUGCCGGUGGCUGCAAUUCACGUGACACCAAAGAAGCUCGGGUCGCUGGUGUUACCUUUCACAGGUUGCCGAAGAGAGGAGACCCUCGCCGUGAUACCUGGAUCCUCAAUUCUCGUCGCAAAGGACCAGGAGGGGUAGGCCAGUGGGAGCCCCAGAGUGACUUUGUCUAUUUUUGCUCCAAACAUUUUACCCCCGAGAGCUUUGAAGUCACCGGAGUCAGUGGAUAUCACAGACUUAAAGAUGACGCCAUUCCCACCAAGGUUGAAAAGUCGUCCUGCCGAAUCAUCAGAAGAAAAAGUAAACCUCGGAAAAAAACGCUGGAAAAACAGACGAGCGGCGGGACCGGCACUGAUGAUCCGCGCUCAGGGACUCAAGAGACCCAAAUCGAAGAGCCUCCGGUACAAAGUGUUACUGAGGGCACCAAGACUUUACCUAAAAAUCCAGCUCCAUCACUAGCCCAGGACGAACCUCUAGAUCUAACCGUCAAUCCACCCUCUCCGUCCUGCUACAUGAGGCGCCUCCCUCCACCCGACGGCUUUUACGUGGCUAAAGAGCACAGCUACGCCCUGGUCUACCCGCUAGUGUGGCGCAGGAGCUAUGAAAAAGCCAUUUCCAGCUUACAGAAAGCGCUGCGGUUACUCAGCGCUGCCCGCCGGCGGGAAAACCGUCUCCGACUCACGCUCACGCGCCUCAGAGAGGGUCGGGUUAAGAAAACGUCGCCUCAUAUCCAGGACCAAAAGAGGGAAGGUCUAGAUCAGAUGAGCUGGCCUCCCGAGACUGGGAGAACUACAAGAUCUGACCUGGAGGAGCGGGAGCUGGAGGGCGCAUCGGAGGAAAUCUUCUCAGAGGAGGAACGUCUGGUGGGAUCGGGACGUUCCGGCAAGCCGGAGGCCGGGGCAGACGACGAGGAGGGGUACUGCUUUUACUGCGGACGUGCCAGGGAGGACGAGGACCCCAAGGAAGACGCGUCUCGCAGGAGGUCCCGCAGGAGAACGCCCGGCGAGAACUUGCCCGAGCCUGCAGCCACAGUCCUGCCUCCGGAUAAAGUCGCCUACCUUCAGAUGCUGCAUCUUCAUCUUCUCCAGCAGGACGUGAACGCGGACUCCGGUGCGGCGCAAACCAAAGACGAGGGGCUGUGCAGGAUGUUUUUGGUUCCGGUUUCCGCCAAGGACAGGGGAGGGAUCGCUGUGGAAGGCAGCGUUCCAAACGUGGAAGCCCAGACUGUACCCGUGGCAGAAGAUGCCCGUCAGCCAGACGACCUCCUGAGCGUUGAGACUGGCCUCAUAGAGCUGAGGAACGAUGUACUGGGGGCUGGUCAGAACUGCCAUGAGAUUAAAGUACGAGUGGUGGGUGGAGAUGUCAAGCAGAGACUGAAGGAACAUCUCGAAGGCUUUCAGCUGCAGCUAAGCAACGAAUUUACGGACUAGUUACCCAGGCUGCCGUUUCAUCCGGGAGCUCCGGUUCCCUCCCACAGUCCAAAAACAUGCAAGUGAGGUGAAUUGUCCAUGACUGUGGUUGAUAUUAAACUUGUGACCUGAUGAAUCUUGUGUAACGAGUUACUACCUGUCCUGUCAGUGUAAAACAUGACGUUAAAAUCCUAAUAAAUAAAUUAAUUAAUUAA